CAAAGUCCAACGACGUGAGGCUGUCAACAUGCAAGAUGGCGGCCCAUCACAGGCAAAACGCUGCUGGGCGGAGGAAAGUCCAGGUAUCGUACGUCAUACGAGAUGAGGUGGAGAAGUACAAUCGCAAUGGGGUGAAUGCACUGCAGCUGGACCCCGCCUUGAACCGCCUGUUCACUGCUGGCCGGGAUUCCAUCAUCAGAAUCUGGAGUGUGAACCAGCACAAGCAAGAUCCUUACAUAGCAUCAAUGGAACACCACACAGACUGGGUUAAUGAUAUUGUCCUCUGUUGCAAUGGAAAGACAUUGAUCUCCGCAUCAUCGGACACCACUGUGAAAGUGUGGAACGCGCACAAGGGGUUCUGCAUGUCCACGUUGCGGACGCACAAGGACUACGUCAAAGCCCUCGCAUAUGCGAAAGACAAGGAGCUGGUGGCGUCGGCCGGAUUGGACCGGCAGAUCUUCCUGUGGGAUGUAAAUACACUUACCGCACUGACCGCUUCCAACAACACUGUCACCACCUCCUCUCUGAGUGGGAACAAGGACUCCAUCUACAGCCUGGCCAUGAACCAGAUGGGAACAGUAAUAGUGUCCGGGUCCACUGAGAAGGUGCUACGAGUGUGGGACCCCCGAACCUGUGCUAAGCUCAUGAAGCUGAAGGGGCACACAGACAACGUCAAGUCCUUAUUGCUAAACAGGGACGGCACACAGUGUCUGUCGGGCAGCUCGGACGGCACGAUCCGUUUGUGGUCGCUGGGCCAGCAGCGGUGCAUCGCCACGUACCGGGUGCACGACGAGGGCGUGUGGGCGCUGCAGGCCAAUGAAGCCUUCACCCACGUCUACUCCGGGGGCCGCGACCGCAAGGUCUACUGCACCGACCUGCGCAACCCCGACAUCCGUGUGCUCAUCUGCGAAGAGAAGGCCCCUGUCCUCAAGAUGGAGCUGGAUCGGUCAGCUGACCCCCCUCCAGCCAUCUGGGUCUCCUCCACCAAGUCCUCUGUCAAUAAGUGGUCCCUAAAGGGCAUCCAUAAUUUCCGAGCGUCUGGUGACUACGACAACGACUGCAGCAGCCCGGUGACUCCCCUCUGCUCACAGCCCGAGCAGGUCAUCAAAGGGGGCGCCAGUAUCAUUCAGUGUCACAUCCUCAAUGACAAGAGGCACAUAUUGACCAAAGACACAAACAACAAUGUGGCAUACUGGGACGUGCUGAAGGCAUGUAAGGGUGAAGAUCUGGGCAAGGUUGAGUUUGAUGAAGAAAUCAAAAAGCGUUUCAAGAUGGUUUACGUGCCAAACUGGUUCUCCGUGGAUCUAAAAACUGGGAUGCUGACAAUCACCUUGGACGAGAGUGACUGUUUCGCGGCAUGGGUCUCCGCUAAGGAUGCAGGGUUCACCAGUCCUGAUGGUUCCGACCCGAAGCUGAAUCUGGGUGGCUUGUUGCUCCAGGCUCUCCUGGAGUUCUGGCCAAGGACACACAUAAACCCCAUGGAUGAAGAGGAGAAUGAGGUCAACCACGUUAAUGGGGAACAGGAAAACCGGAUACAGAAAGGCAACGGCUACUUCCAGGUUCCACCACACACUCCCGUCAUCUUCGGAGAGGCCGGCGGGAGAACCCUCUUCAGGUUGCUGUGCCGGGAUUCUGGAGGUGAGACGGAGUCCAUGUUGCUGAACGAGACAGUUCCACAAUGGGUGAUCGACAUCACAGUGGACAAAAACAUGCCGAAAUUUAACAAAAUCCCGUUCUACCUCCAACCUCACUCUUCCUCUGGCGCAAAAACCCUAAAGAAGGACCGUCUGUCGGCCAGCGACAUGCUGCAAGUGCGGAAGGUGAUGGAGCACGUCUACGAGAAGAUCAUCAACCUGGACAACGAGUCCCAGACCACUAGCUCAUCCACCAACGACAAGCCCAGCGAGCAAGAAAAGGAAGAGGACAUGGCCGUGCUGGCUGAGGAGAAGAUCGAGCUGCUCUGCCAGGACCAGGUUCUCGACCCAAACAUGGACCUCCGAACAGUGAAACACUUCAUCUGGAAAAGUGGCGGGGAUCUAACGCUCCACUACAGACAGAAGUCGACGUGAGCCUGGGGCAUGGACUCAAUGCCUGUCACCAACCUCCAUCGCCACCUUGGACUUUCAAACCAUCAGACCGGCCCCUAGAGGCGGGGGGCCUGUUUGACCUUGUGUUAGAUAUUACUGUCAAUGGCCAGGCCUAUCCCCACCUGUAACUGUCCCGGGGAGUAGAUUCAUUCUGUAACAUAGGAACAUUGUAGAAAAUCCAACACAAAAAAGUCACCGUUCUCCAGUUGGGCCAUGCUGCAGAAGACAGAGGGGUGUGGCCUGUAUUGUGCUGUGUACAGUAGGUGGAUUUAAUCAAAAUAAUACCCAGGAUGUUCUGAAUUUUUUUUUUUUUUUUUUUUCCUUUCUUUCCCAUGUUGGUUUCCGCCUCUGUAAGCAAAGCGUAGACUUUGCUUCUCCAGGGUGUAUCCAUUUUUGCAGGAGGCCAUGUUGGUGUUUGUAUGCAUCCUUGCUUGGUGAUGUUAAUGGUAAAUUGUAUUGCCCCCCCCCUUACAUUCCAGUAACUUACCUGUUUCCAAUUACCUGUUUUGUCUUUGUGUUUUUUUUUUUUUUUGGGGGGGGGGGGGGGGUUACGAUGGUGACACUCAGGCAACAACUGCUAAACAAUCAAGUAUUUGGUCCAACAGCAGGUCCCAAUGUUUUCUGCAUCACUUCUGUUGCUUGCGUAGGAUCUCUGAAUUUCCUUUUUCCCCAAGAAAGUCUUCGUUUCUCUUGCCCUAUCUGAGUAGUCCUCAUUUUUCAUUUUACAGUAAAAUUGUUGAAGCACUUGUGGAGUUUCUUACAGGCUGACAGUGUCUUCCCUCACCCCUGACCUCCUGGUUGUUCUCCGGUGGUGGUAUGUAUGGGCAUAGAGGACGUAUGGCUGCACUUUAUGUUCCUGCCAAACAUUCUCGCCUGAUAGUAGCUGCAAGAAUUAGCUUCUGUCUGCGGCAGACGGAAAAGCAUCGCAAAGCUCGAUCCCCUGUUUUAAUUCUGGGUCCCUCCCCCUUAAAGCAGCACGACUUGGCUGUCAUCUGUGAAUUACAGUGUAUAUAGCGACCAUCAGCAUCGCGUGCACAGUGUUCUAGAUACAUCUGUCUGCUCCUGCAGUUUUGGAAAAACACUCCUCUCCCCCUUUUCCCUUCACUGGUGGGAUCCAUUUGAGUUAUUUUGCUAAAUCAGUGCAAGUGACAAUGUGCUCAAAGUACUGUGUACAAUGUUAAGGAGAUGAAAAACACCCAGAAUGCACAGAGGCUGCUCCAGGAACCGGGUUGUCUAGUCUUGACACAUUAAUCACGUUUGUAUAAUAUUUCAGCUGAAGAAAAAAUUUGGAUCCAAAAAUAAUUCUUUGAGUGACAUCUAGUUGUACAAGCUGUAUAUGAAGAAAGAGUGAGUGUAUAUAUACAGUCCAAGAUGCCAUAACCGUGUCCCUGUAAUAUUUAUCUCCCUCUGUUGGUUGUAACUAUAUAUGUAGCAUAUUUUGAUUUAAUUACUGCUUAAUAAAUUGGCCAUAAUAAAACAAGUUUUUCCCCCUUUGA